AAGGUACAAAAACGUCGUCUUGGGAUCUCGAAGCAGAUGACAGAGAAGUUUAUAUGUCUGAAAUUUACAUGAUUAGAGCGAUUACUUUUAUGUAGAAAGCUGGGAUAUUGGUGACAUCAACAGAUAAUUUACAAGAUUAAACGAUAGUUUUGAUGAUUUUGAGGCGUAAGGAGAAUGAAAUUAAAGAUCCGAUAGUGUUCAAUGUGAUAUGGCGUAAGACAUGUUUAUUAGGAGUCGAUAUCGUACCUGCCUAUAAGCAUUUAUCUGAGGUGGGGAGAAGGUCAACAUGCAUUGGAUUUGUUUAAUACACGGAAAGAGUACAUAUUUAUUACAAUUUUUGUGAACUAGUCAAAAAAAUCUGCAAUGAUUUCGCUUUUGAGGAUGAAAUAUAGUUUGCAUUAUUGAUGCACUCGUCUUUUGUCACAAUGGGAAAUUGUCAGUGCUAUCAAAAAGACAAACGGCCAGCUCCUGCAUCUCAGUAUACUCAGAAUACAGAUAAUGAAGUGAUAUUUGGACCAAUGAAGCUGAAACAAAAGAACUUAUCAAUAUUACUGGUGUUUGCCAAGGAGGAUGCACAGAGCGAUGGUUUUUGGUGGGCAGCAGACAAAAUGGGCUAUAAGUGCUUUAUAGCUCAUAAUGCUGAAGGAGCCCUAGAGUGUUACUUAGACAAACAUCAUGAUGUGGUCAUCAUUGACAACAGAAGCAGCAAAAAUUUUGAUUCUGAAGCUCUUUGUCGAUCAAUGAGGGCAACUAAGUCCAGUGAUCACACUGUAAUUGUGGCAAUCACAAAAAGGGUUGCACCAGAAAAAGAGGAACCUUCAAUACUUUCACUGUUGAAAGCAGGAUUCAACAAGAGGAUUCCAGAAAACCACAAUGUUAAUUCCUGCAUAAAUGAGUUACUUAGUUUGGAAUAUGGUGAGGUUAGAAGUCAGUUGAAGCUCAGGGCCUGCAGUGCUGUGUUCUCGGCACUAGAUAACAUUUCUGAUGCUGUACAGAUCAGUAAUGAAGACAACCAAAUACAGUAUGUUAACCCAGCAUAUGAGAGGCUAACAGGCUUCUCAGCUGAGGAGGUGAUAGGAAAAGAUGCGACAGAAAUGGCCAAAGUGGACCGAAACAAGACAGACCUACAUGACAGCAUCAAUAAUCAACUGAAAAAGGGCAAGUUCUGGGAAGGUACAUACCAUACGCGAAGAAAAAGCAGUGACGUUGGUGUGACCAGUCAUUGUGUUUUUAGUCCUAUACUGGGACCAGGAGGGAAACUUUCCCAUAUUGUUUCUGUACAAAAGACCAACCCAGAUACCUCAUACACUGACAGAAUAAAAGAAGCCGAGUACAACUUAGCCAAUGUUAAGUUGGGUUUGCCCAUCAGUUUCCGGCGCAGAUCUAGUGGAUUGGCACAUGGAUAUCCCAGAAGAAGAGAAUCUCUCGCUAAGAUUCAUUCCAUGACAGUAGAGGCCCCUAUCACCAAGGUAAUUAACAUCAUCAAUGCAGCACAGGAAAACAGCCCCAUAACAGUGGUUCAAGCACUGGACAAAGUUUUAGAAAUAUUACGGACCAGUCAGUUGUACUCUCCACAUUUUGCACAGCCAAUGAAAGAGGGGGAUACCAUGACCUCUGACUUAGUGGGAGGGCUUGUGUCACAAAAUGUAAAAAGACAACUCAUAACCAGUUCACAGGAAAGCAGCAGUGUGUCCCAUAGCAAGCCUGUUUCAGGUCACCACAUACACAUUCCCAAUAACUUGCUAUCACAGAUGCCAACAGAAAUACUAGACAUACUAGAGCUAGAGCCGUCUUGGGAUUUUAAUAUCAUCACCUUAGAAAAGGCUACAUCCAAAAGACCUCUGGUUCAUUUAGGAUUAAAAACAAUGGCUCGUUUUGGUGUGUGUGACUUUUUACGUGUAGAUGAGAUGACGGUCAUGAACUGGUUAAGUCUAGUUGAGGCUAACUAUCAUUCCACAAACUCCUACCACAACUCCACUCAUGCAGCCGAUGUUCUGCAUGCCACUGCAUACUUCCUCAACAGGGAACGCAACCAGGCUGUUCUUGACCAACUGGACCAGGUUGCUUGUUUGAUAGCUGCCAUUAUACAUGAUGUGGACCAUCCUGGUUAUACAAAUGCAUUUCUUAUCAACGAGAAAAAUCCUCUGGCCCUGAUGUAUAAUGACCAAGCUGUUCUUGAAAACCACCAUGCUGCUCUGGGCUUCCAAUUGUCUUGGAAAGAUAAUACUGUCAACAUCUUUAAAAACCUAAGUAGGGAUGAGUACACUCCACUGAGAGAGACCAUCAUUGACAUGGUGCUGGCUACAGAGAUGAAACAACAUUUCGAACACCUAAACAAAUUUGUUAGUUGUGUUAAUAAAAGCACCCUCAAGCUAGAAGAAACUUCAUCUAUGAGUGGAACAGGAUCUCCAGACAGCAUGGCCAUUAUAAAUCAGAUGUCGACCCCAGAAAACCGUUGUUUAAUAAAGCGUAUGCUGAUCAAGUGUGCUGAUGUAAGCAAUCCACUUAGAACCACAGAAAUGUGCAUUGAGUGGGCCAAAAGAAUUGCUGAGGAAUAUUUUAUACAGACUGAUGAGGAGAAAAGGAGGAAGUUGCCUGUGGUGAUGCCAGCAUUUGAUAGGAAAACUUGCAGUAUACCAAAAUCUCAGACCAGUUUUAUAGACUUCUUCAUUAAUGACAUGUUUGAUGCUUGGGAUUAUUUUUGUGAUAUUCCUGACUUAAUGACCCACCUACAAGAGAAUUAUCGUUACUGGAAGGAGAAAUCGGAGGAGGAAGCCUCAUGAUGCUUAGGACUCUAGUUCAGGUUGUCCAACCUGGCUCUGUGAGAACCAGGGUGACCUAAGAUAAAAACCAGAGUACCCCAAAGUAUGAACCAGAUUAACUUUUGACUGAACUGUUGUGACCAUUAGUGGCAUAGGUUACUGUGGACUGGACAGUUUCUGCUUUUUUACCUCAUUCUUGUAUGGACACAAGUGCCAGCAUUUAGACUUCAGCAGGACCCAAGUGCAGUAACUCAAACACCAGGAAUGGAUGUGAUCAUUGAAGACAUUUGUAAUGAAACACAAUGAUUAUCGACUCUAGGAGCGAACAUGCAGUCAUUUCUAUAUUUUUGUAAAGAUCUCAUAGUUGUAUUUUGUUCACACAAAACCCAGCCAGUAGUGCUAUUGGUGUCUACAGUGUGUAAGAUAUUAUGGUUUGGGAGACCACUAUAGAAGACACUAGCAUUGUUUGUAUUUAACAUUGUUAAGUUAUUCCUAGGCUCUGUUGCUUUUGUGAUAAAACUCCUUUUAAACUGGAGUUUUAUUUGAGAGUUGGUUGUACUCUUGUUUAUUAUUGUUAAAUUUUUAAUAUUUAAUUAGUUCAAAGUUUAUUUUGCCAAAAUAUUUAAGUAAAUUUUUAAUUAUAAGGUAAUUAUGAAGAUGUUAUUUAAGAUUACAUUUUGUAGCUUUUCAAUAAUUUUCUUUUAUUAUAAUGAAUGUCCUUGUAUUUACAAAUAUUAAAGGUCUUCAUGUUUUUCAUUGCAUUAGUAACCAAAAUUAAUGAUUUCAUGGCACCAUUAGUUGUCACAAAGAAAUAUGCAGUCUUGUACUGCUAGAUUUGAGGAAAGGGUAUAUAAUGUGAAAAGAAGCCUUUGAGAAAAGGAAGAUUUUUCAUCCUGAGCAGAUUUUACUCCAAAACACAGUACAAUAUCGUAUUUAGUAAAAUUUCUUGGGUUAUACAGUACAUUAUCUAAAAGAUAAAACUUUUUGAAACACAGUUUUAACAUUUCCUAAAUAUGUCUAGCUAUUAAUACAUUACCCAGCUGACAAUACAAAAUUGAAGUCCUUAACCCUUUAACUGAUUAAUGUCAUAACAUCUAUUAUGUAGGUAUGUAGAAACAAAUCUUUUCUAAAGAAAUAUAUAUAGAGUAAGAUGAAGUAGACUUAGUAUUACUCAUAUUAUUUUCCUUCCCCCUUAUUACAAGGAAACGGUACAACCAAAGAAAAUGUCUACGUUUAUUAAAAUGCCACGGAAAAGCAUGAACCACACACAUACACAAUUCAGGAACUGACAGUGUAAUUGCUUUAAAUACUGGCUUCUUACAAAUUGAAAGUGAGCUUUAGAUCUAGUCAUUUCCCACUUUAUUUGUUUGCUUAAUUAAUGUGAUAGAUUGUUGUUCUGUGAUUUGAUAUUUGUGAUUAAUGGAAAAAAUGGCAGAAGUGUGAUAUAAGUUACAAAUUCUGUUGUGAAAAUGCAUUUGCCAAAAAUGAAAAAUGAUAUAUUCCAAUAGGUUAUUAAAGCUCACAUAUAUAUAUUACUCUACCCACUAGUGGGUGCCAAAAUAGAAAAUGUUGUACCUCAACUUAUUAAAGUGAUAUCACAUUGCCCAUUUAGAAGUAAUAAGCAUUUGCAUAUGCUCAAAUAUGUGACUGGUUUUUGUUUUAUGUGAGAAUGUUUUUCCUACUGUCAUGUAUAGUGAGCAUAAGAGUGAGUGUCCCUAGGUGUAAAGUAUUGUCUUAUGUCUGUCAAGUUAUAUAACCAGAUUAAUGUAGUUUCAUUAUUUCUAUCGUUCUUGUCAACAAAUAUCAGUUAUUGUGUACCUUAGAAAUGUUAUGUCUAAUUUAUUCUGUAUGCAUACAUUAUUCUUGUAUUUAUAUAUUUUUGUGCGGCUGAAAGUUUGGAAAUAUACAAGAAUUUCCUUCAGGUACUUUAGAAUUUGCACUGCAAGGACACUGAUUCCAUUAUAUUCUUACACACUUCUUAGAUAACAUAAUUACCUCACUGCCUUGGCAAACAUUUCUACAGCAGAAGACUGGGAGGGGGAUUGCAGACAACCUGACUUGGAUUGGGUAUUAAGGAUAAUGUAGGACCAGUGAAUCUUUUCUGUCUUGGACUUCUGUAUCUUGGUUGAUUCCAUCCAAUCAUCCGUCCAUCUAGGGGGUCAGAGUUAAAUAAAGGUUGUCUUAAAGCCAUUGAAAUUGCUUUACAAGUCCAUCACUAUCACACAAUCUCAAAAUGUGAAUGUUAGCAAUAGUCUUGUACUGAAUUUUUAUUAAGAUCAUUAUACUUUUAGACUGUGUCAAUGUUUUUUUUAAAACCGGUUUAUGUAUGAUUAUUUGUUUAUUUUUGUACUAGUAGUUUGACAAGGGUAGAUGGAGGAAAUUAAGAAUGGUAAGGAGUUGGUUCUAGGAGCUCUACCAACACUAUAUUUGGGAGUGGAUUGUAAAGUUAAAUUUCCACUGUCAAAGAGAAUGGGAUUUCAUUUUCGAGAUCUGAAAAAAAAACUUGAUCCCCAUGCUAUCCAGGGGACAGUGAGGAGUGUACUCUGAGGGUAUGGGUUAUGUAUGUGUAGCUAGUUGUUAUCAGUAUCAUCAUAUUACGUAAUGUUAUACUCCAUGUAGAUAAUUGAUAUUUGCAUUUUAUUUAGAAUUACUGUGUUUCAGUUAGAUAUUAAAAAAGCAUUUCUAUAUUACAGUGAGGCUGGACUGAUUUUCUUCAAGUUUUUAUGUCUAUUCUUUAGUUAAGAUGUGCAAAAUUUAACAAAAACUAACUCUCGAAGUUACAGAUACAUGUACAUGUAUAUUCAUUAUAAACUUCUUUCUAGUUGAGAAUUCUUGUACAAGCAGCUGCAACUUUUCUAUGUAUGGAGAAUUGGUGAAGUGCCUCUACAAUAUUGAUUGCUUUCACUCUUUAUAGGGCAUUUACUGAAAUAAUUUAAUAUGAAAGAAUUACCUCUCUAUAUGUAACAAGCUUAUAAACUGAUACAGUGUCAUUCAUGUCUAUUCUCCCCAAUAUGUAAACCACAGUUGACAUUGGCAGUAUGUCCUUCCAAGGUCAACCUCUAUGUAUUUUGGCCAAUGAUUGGAGAUAAUCCUGCUCACUCUUACUGCUGGACAGCUGUACAAAAGUUUUGUUAUGAAAAAAUGUGUAAUAAAUUAUAUGAAAUGUUCA